AUGAAGGCAACAAUCGCAUCCGUCCUCGCCCUGGCCACGGCUGCCUCGGCUCAAGUCAAGGGGUUCAACUACGGUGCUACAAACAAUGACGGCUCCUGCAGAGGCUACAGCGACUUCGUGCGCUACUUCAACGAUGCAAAAUCGCUCCCUGGUACAUCCGGCUUCCAGGCCGCUCGCCUGUACACAUCGAUCCAGUGUGGCACAGCAGCAUCACCCAUUGAAGCCUUUCGCGCUGCCAUCGACACGGACACCAAGAUCCUCGUUGGCCUGUGGGCAUCCGCCGGCCGAGCAGUCUACGAGAACGAAUUGAACGCACUCCUUGCUGCAGCCCGCAAUUUCGGCACCCCCUUCACAGACCGCAUCGUCGGUAUCAGCGUAGGCUCUGAGGACUUGUACCGCAGCUCUCCCCAGGGUGUAGCUAACAACGCCGGCGUGGGAGCCACCGGUGCCGAAAUCGAAGGAUACAUUGGCUGGAUCCGCGACUGGGUCCGCGGUACCGCACUAGAGAGCAAACCCAUCGGUCACGUCGACACAUGGACUGCGUGGAUCCUGCCCGAGAAUCGCGGUGUAGCUAACACUGUUAAUUGGCUCGGCCACAACUCUUUCCCCUACUUUGAGACCACGAAGGCGAACUCGAUUGAUCAGGCUGCUGAGAACUUCCGCACUGCUGUUGCGCAGACUGAGAGCGUCGCUGCUGGUAAGGAGGUCUGGAUAACUGAAACUGGGUGGCCGCGCGUUGGACCGAAGUCAAGGGACGCAGUUGCCAGCACCGAGAACUCGCAGCGCUACUGGAAGGAAGUUGGUUGCAGUCUGUUUGGUCAGAGGAACACCUUCUGGUACACCUUGAAGGAUGCGAAUACUGCUCAGACAGAUUUGAGCUUUGCGGUUACGCCGUUGGAAAACAACACUCCUUACUUCGACCUUACUUGCUAG